AGAAGGAAUUGCUGCGCAAAAAACGUAAAUAAAGUCACCGAACCUCAAAUUAAUUAUGAAUUAAUUUUUGGAGGGUUGUUAAUUAAUAUUUUAUUGAUAAUAAAUUAUUAAUUGGACAAUUAACAGAUUUUUGGAGAGAUUGAUAUGAUUAUUUUAUUAUAUUUAAUGGACGAAUGAAUACGGAAUGCCUGCUGGCGGUAACAGUCGCUUUCGCAAUUACCCUGCGCGGAUGUCCGAGCGACAACAGUUAGCACUUUUGUUACAAAUUACCUCUCAGGAUAUUGUUUUGCCUGGACCAGAAACUAGUGCAAGUCCUAAGACUAAAAGAAGUAAAUCUAAACAUACUGAUAGGAAAGAGGAUUAUUUAAAAUUAAUUGAUGAUAAUUAUGAACGUUCCCAAGCAACAAACCCAGAGACGCUGAAGGCUAUUGGCUCUAAAAAACUGAGAGCCUCUGAAGACGAGCUAGCUACAGGAGUCAAAGGGUCAGAAUUUCGGAAGUUUCAGCAAGAGCUGGUGAGCUCGGUACGUGAGACCAGACCGAGCGCUGGUGAAGAGAGUGGAGCCCCCUGUGAAAUGCGUAGAACACCACCUCAAAAUAAAGUGGACAGAUCGGCAACCGGACAAUCCGGAAGCUCGCCACGUGUAACCUUGCGUAUAAACAACGUCCGCGCGGGAGCGAGGGAUGAAAAAAAAGGGCAGUCGCGCCCGAGCUUUGUAAACACCUCGACAAGCCCGAUGGAUACCACCACCAGCCCAAGUACCACGACCGCCGCCUCGAGUAACCCCACCAGCUCCAACCCGCCGGCCUCAAACCCGAACCCAAAUUCCAACGCCUCCAGCGCCACCUCUAACAGUUCCUCAACAAACUCGAGCGCGAACACGAACUCCAACACAAACUCAUCAAGUUCCGGGAACAAGUCUGCUUCCGCGACAGCAGCGACAUCUUCAACCACCACCACAACUUCAACGGCUUCUUCGACCACCGCUUCAACAGCUAAUGCCUCUCCGGACACUACCGACAUCUAUGAGUUCAAGAGUUCCAAGGAACCGACUCCUGUUCGAGGAACCAGUUCCUCUCCGAACCCUUCUGAUAAAGACAAAGAGUUGAGCACUAGUUCCACGAACGUUUCUAGUGCUAAUAAUAAUAACAGCAAUACUAAUAACAAUAAUAAUAAUAGUAAUAAUAAUAACAAUAGUAAUAGUAAUAAUAGUAAUGGUAAUAAUAAUAAUAACAGCAGUAACAAUGCUGCUAAUGUUCCGAACUCUGGAACCGGAACUAAUUCAGAGUCUAGUAGCUCAGGAGCGAACUCUGGUGGCGCGGAACUGAGUACUACUGGCUCGCCAGCUUCGAAACGUACUUUUGAAGAUGAUGAUCAAGAUGAUGAGGUUAAGAGGAAGAAACGCAAAGAAGGGGACUCGAAGGAUAAUAAAGCUACAGCGAGGCAGAACGCUGGACGCGCUGCCGAUAAGUUUGACAAGGUGAGCACAAGCGUAACCGCGUCGUUUGUUGAACAGUGUGUGAAAGCAGGCAAGCCGGCAGCGGCAUCUUCAGGAACAGCGAAGAACAGCCAGAACUCGGGACCAGCGCCAUCUAGCGGAGCGGCGGAUAGGAAGAGCCCCAGUUCCACAGCUGCGAGCAGUCCCAAGCCGGCUGGGAGCAACAAAGCAGACUCGGAUGGCGAUGAGGACCGUAAGGGUUCCGAAGCAGCGCCCAAAGUUCCGCCGCUGAAGAUUGUCAUUCCCCAGAGCACCGUAGAACAGGAACAGGGUGCCCGGAACGGCAAGAACACUUCCACUAGGGGGCACCAGCUGCCUUAUGUUGUUCCUAGUUCCAACAGCAGCGACUCCAAUGACAAAGACUCGGCGGCAGGUGCUGGAACUUCUGGAGGAACUACUAGUCCUACGGAGACUGCUAAAGUUGAGGAUAAAAAGGAUUUUAGUGGCGCUAUUCAUAACGAGGAGAGGAGUACUCAUCAUCAGAGAGUUCUUAGGAGUUCGCAUCGAGGUGGAAAUGGCAAUGGAACAUCCAAGGAUUCUGCGCAAUACUCAAAUUCAUCCCCCCUGGCGACAGACCGUUCUAACAAUUCAUCUCCCCAGGCACGUCACACCUCCCCAAGCCCCGAAACAAGCACAGAAACAAAACCAGCGACGACAGAGUCAUCUUCUAACCCAAAAUCGUCGACCAGCAGCGACAAGGCGGAGAAAAACGAAACUAAACUCAAAGAGGAACUCGCAGAGUCCGCGCCAUCUACAACAACUUCGACACCAACGCCCACUCCCGCGGAACUGCACCCACGCAAGCGCAAAAUGAAGCCCAAAGAGGUCGCCACCACCACGGAGGCCAGCGAGGCGAACAGCACUGGAACCGAAGUUCACCCUCACGACCAGCCAAUCACAAAUUGCUACCAGCUGUUCCUGAACAUCCGCAAGCAGAUAGAGCGCCGGCGCAAAGGAUUGUUCCCGGUACAGCCCAAGCCUCCUCAGGGAUUCAAAGAUUAUUUAAUGAACCGCUGCACUUAUGUUCUUGCCGGGAACGCGAACAAAGAACCGAAUGUUAAACCUCCUGCGAACCUCGCGGAACAGAUGAAGGCUUUGUUUAUGAAGCAGGAGAGCGAGAGGUACAGGUUACGCAUGCAACAUGUGGUGGAAAAGGAGAAACUUGUUCUCUCCGUGGAACAGGAAAUCUUGAGGGUUCAUGGACGCGCCGCAAGGGCGCUCGCGAAUCAGGAACUCCCGUUCUCGGUGUGUACUAUUCUGAAAGAUGAGGAGGUUUAUAAUGUUAUCACUCCGGAACAAGAGGACAAGGAACGGAACUUGCGCAGUCGGUACAAUGGGAGGUUGUUUCUUAGUUGGUUGCAGGACGUUGAUGAUAAGUGGGAGAAAAUUAAGGAAUCAAUGUUACUUCGUCAUCACAAUGAAGCAGAAUCAUUGCACGCAGUUCAAAAAAUGGACUGGGAGUGGAAACUUAAAGAAGUUGGACUUUGUGAAUUCAAAGCUCAGCCUCAAAUAGAAGACACCCACGUACCAAUGGUGCACGUGUCUGACGACUUCGAUCUCCUGCCCGCCUAAAUAAAAAAAAAAAAAAAAAAAAGAUGCCUCCUAGACAUUAAAUCACACAACGUCAAACUUAUUUCGAAGUUGAAACUGUGAUCUCAACUUACUAGCUUUUAAGUUUUUUUAUGCAACAUGACUACUGUAAAAUAAGCUGUACAUACUUUUUUAGGGCUUUAGAUAAAGUUGUCAUCUCGAUCUUUAUUA